GAUUCUCAUAAGACUUUCGUUCGCGAGUAUAUACACAACAACAAAAAUCAAUAAAAUUUUUGGGAAAAUUCUGCCGAAACUUUUAAUAGUGGUGCUCGAUAGCGGUCUGGGAUGGAUUUUUUUCCCCUGCGAGCGGUGCCGGAAUAGAAAUUUGAAUUUACUUGUGCUGUAAGCGAUUUGGCGGAUAGAAAAACAAAAAACAAGUUUGAAUCGCGUCCAGAACGACGCUCCGCCCGGUGAGACGCUGCUAGUUUUAUUUUUGUUUUUAUUACGAUAAUAGUACGCAACGGAUUCGUAAAGUUGAUGAAAAAAGUUUCUUUUUCUUGAACGUGUGAAGUGUGUAUAACACGUUGGGUGUUGUCGCCGAUUGAUCUUUUUUAUCGACCGUACGGGGACGGGCCCCAAAUCUUCUCGUGGAACGAAAGACGAACAGGUAGUACGCGGUUUUACCCUGUGGGGAGCGGGCGGCCAUCAUUGUUGUUGACAAGAUGGCGUCCAAGGGAGAUCUCGAUUCGGAGCAUGGCCGGUCAGAUUCAUACCGGGUCGCCACAUUACCCAACGUUCGCGAUGACAACAAAACCGCUGAUGGAAUGUACAAGUCGCGGCGGAAGGCCCCAACGAAACGAAAGGGGGACAAUUUGGAUGACUUGAAACAGGAGUUGGAUAUCGAUUUUCACAAAAUAACUCCUGAGGAGCUCUACCAGAGAUUUCAGACGCAUCCAGAGAACGGCCUUAGCCAUGCGAAAGCAAAGGAGAAUCUGGAGAGGGACGGUCCUAAUGCUCUCACGCCGCCGAAGCAAACGCCCGAAUGGGUGAAAUUCUGCAAAAAUUUGUUCGGCGGUUUCGCCCUGCUGCUGUGGAUCGGUGCGAUAUUGUGUUUCAUCGCGUACUCGAUUCAAGCCUCGACGAGCGAAGAUCCGAACGACGAUAAUCUCUACCUCGGUAUUGUACUUUCGGCGGUGGUAAUAGUUACGGGCAUAUUCUCGUACUAUCAGGAAAGUAAAUCGAGCAAAAUCAUGGAAUCGUUCAAGAACAUGGUACCCCAAUUCGCUACCGUAUUGCGAGAGGGUGAAAAGAUAACUCUGCGGGCGGAGGAUCUCGUGCUGGGCGACGUGGUAGAGGUCAAGUUCGGCGAUCGUAUUCCAGCGGAUAUAAGGAUCAUCGAGUCGCGGGGUUUCAAGGUGGACAACAGCUCGUUGACCGGUGAGUCGGAGCCGCAGUCAAGAUCGCCCGAGUUCACGAACGAAAAUCCAUUGGAAACGAAGAAUCUCGCAUUUUUCUCGACGAACGCGGUCGAAGGUACGGCCAAGGGAGUCGUCGUGUGCUGCGGCGAUUCGACCGUGAUGGGUAGAAUCGCUGGUUUGGCAUCCGGUUUGAACACCGGUGAAACACCAAUUGCCAAGGAAAUUCAUCAUUUCAUUCACCUCAUUACCGGCGUCGCUGUAUUCCUCGGUGUAACCUUCUUCAUAAUCGCUUUCAUCCUCGGCUAUCACUGGCUCGACGCGGUUAUUUUCCUCAUCGGUAUCAUCGUAGCGAACGUACCGGAGGGCCUGCUCGCAACCGUAACCGUAUGCUUGACCCUCACGGCCAAGAGAAUGGCCUCGAAAAAUUGUCUCGUCAAGAAUCUCGAAGCCGUCGAAACGCUUGGUUCAACAUCUACCAUUUGUUCCGACAAGACCGGCACCUUGACCCAAAACAGAAUGACCGUUGCUCACAUGUGGUUCGAUAAUCAGAUCAUCGAGGCCGACACGACCGAGGAUCAGUCCGGUGUACAGUACGAUCGCACCAGUCCCGGUUUCAAAGCACUCGCCAAAAUCGCUACCCUCUGCAAUCGCGCCGAAUUCAAACCCGGACAAGAGAGCGUGCCCAUUCUUAGACGCGAGGUUAACGGCGAUGCCUCCGAAGCUGCCCUUCUCAAAUGUAUGGAGCUCGCGCUUGGCGACGUUAUGGGAAUCCGUAAGAAGAACAAAAAAGUUUGCGAAGUACCCUUCAACUCGACCAACAAGUAUCAAGUCUCGAUACACGAGCCCGAUGAUCCCAACGAUCCUCGUCACUUGCUCGUCAUGAAGGGAGCACCCGAGAGAAUCCUCGACAGAUGCUCCACUAUAUUUAUCGGUGGCAAGGAAAAGGUUCUCGACGAAGAGAUGAAGGAGGCUUUCAACAAUGCUUAUCUCGAGCUCGGUGGACUCGGCGAGCGUGUCUUGGGUUUCUGCGACUUUGUACUGCCGAGUGACAAAUUCCCGCUUGGCUUCAAAUUCAACAGCGACGAUCCCAACUUCCCGUGCGACAAUCUACGUUUCGUUGGACUCAUGUCCAUGAUUGAUCCACCGAGAGCCGCAGUGCCCGAUGCCGUUGCCAAGUGUCGUUCAGCCGGUAUCAAGGUUAUCAUGGUAACCGGCGAUCAUCCAAUCACUGCCAAAGCCAUUGCCAAAUCCGUCGGUAUUAUUUCUGAAGGUAACGAGACCAUUGAGGACAUUGCCCAACGAUUGAACAUUCCCGUGUCGGAAGUCAAUCCACGCGAGGCUAAAGCGGCAGUCGUACACGGCGGUGAGCUCAGAGAUCUAGAUUCCGAUCAACUCGACGAGAUUCUAAGGUAUCACACCGAAAUUGUGUUCGCUCGUACAUCGCCGCAGCAGAAACUGAUUAUCGUCGAGGGCUGUCAGCGCAUGGGCGCCAUCGUCGCUGUAACCGGUGACGGUGUCAACGACUCGCCGGCUCUGAAAAAAGCUGACAUCGGCGUUGCAAUGGGUAUCGCCGGAUCAGACGUAUCGAAACAAGCCGCGGACAUGAUAUUGCUCGAUGAUAACUUCGCCUCGAUCGUAACGGGCGUCGAAGAGGGUAGACUGAUUUUCGACAACUUGAAAAAAUCCAUCGCCUACACUCUUACCUCCAACAUCCCGGAAAUUUCGCCUUUCUUGGCAUUCAUUCUCUGCGAUAUUCCGCUGCCGUUGGGAACCGUUACCAUUCUCUGCAUCGAUCUGGGAACUGACAUGAUACCUGCUAUUUCGCUGGCGUACGAGGAAGCAGAGUCCGAUAUUAUGAAGAGACGUCCUCGCGAUCCUUACCACGACAAUCUCGUCAAUGAAAGGCUUAUCUCGAUGGCGUACGGACAAAUCGGCAUGAUCCAAGCGGCCGCUGGAUUCUUCGUCUACUUCGUAAUCAUGGCUGAGAAUGGUUUUCUACCACAGAAUCUUUUCGGUAUCCGAAAACACUGGGAUUCGAAAGCCAUCAACGAUCUCACCGACAGCUACGGUCAAGAAUGGACGUACAGGGAUCGUAAAUCAUUGGAAUUUACCUGCCACACCGCGUUCUUCGUGUCAAUCGUAAUAGUACAGUGGGCCGAUUUGAUCGUGUGUAAAACACGUCGUAAUUCCAUAAUUCAUCAAGGAAUGCGAAACUGGGCUCUCAAUUUCGGAAUCAUAUUCGAGACAGCGUUGGCCGCUUUCCUCAGUUACACGCCCGGCAUGGACAAGGGUCUUCGCAUGUAUCCCCUCAAAUUCGUUUGGUGGUUGCCGGCUCUUCCAUUCAUGAUUGCAAUUUUCAUUUACGACGAGACGAGACGAUUCUACCUGCGUCGAAACCCUGGUGGCUGGCUCGAGCAGGAAACUUACUACUAAAUACUGCGAGUGAAGAAUGAUAAAAAUUUCAAAACAAAAAAAAACAAAAAACAAAAAAAAAAGAAAAAAAUAAAGAAAACAACCACCACUGUCACCACCAACAAAUAAAAACAACAAGAACAACAUCGAUCACACCGAAUCAGCGAAUCAGCGGGGUAACACACAUGAGAAAGAAAAAACGGGAGUAUGCGAAGGAGGGUAUAUGGAGAGGAAACGAGUCACCCACGUAAACGUAAACGUAAACAACCACGGAGCGUGCUACCUGAAUCUAACCGUACUGUCGCGACGAACCGCUGCGAUAGAAGAGAGCUCAUCGACGCCGUUAGAGAAACCAAACAACAACAACGGAGAAAGAAAAUUUGUCAAGGAUGGCUUUAGGCUUUAAUAUCGUAUCGCAAUCGACAAGAAGAACGAGGACGAAUUGCGAGGUCGAGAGAUGCUUAGCGGAUAGUCGAGGACACUGGGAUUAUUAAGAACUGGAGGAAUCAGCGGAAUGAGGACGGUACUCGUCAAUCAUCACCAUCAGGAGUUGAUCAUUGCGGGAUAACAACGCGUCACAAUCCGAAGCCUUCGAUCCGCGAACGGGCGCGGAGAAUAAGAUUGCGAGAAAUGAAUAAAUGAGUAAUGAACGACGACGUACUCGUCGUCGUGAAAUGUAAGAAGCAAUUAGAAAAAGGAUUGAAUAAAUAACGAGUACGCGAGAGCUAGUCUAGAUCGUGGCCGAAACGGGGAUGUUGAAAGUCGUACCCUCGUUCGUGAGUCAUUUCAGGCGAGCCCGAAACCGAUAAAAAGAGCUGAACAACUAAAAUGAAAUAUCGUAACACGGAUAGUGGGUAAAGCUUCACUGCCCUUUGAUCGACGCCCGUACGUUAAUCGUGUUUUUCUCGUGGAACAGCAGAGACCCGAAACCGGAGAACGCGAGCAACAACGGAAUGAGAGAUGGGAAAUAGGGGGUUUACCGGUAUCGUUAGAUCGAGAGGAUAGCUGCUGUUCCGUCGACAGACAGCGCAAGAUCCGAGUCCGCGUACGGAAGUCGUCGAAGAGUCGGAAUAAAAGACAGGGCCUAAAAAAGGUGUUGAGCGCUUUACGGAUAAAUAAAUUAUUCAGACACACACACACAUGUAGACACACACGCGCGCACGUACACGCGCAAGUACCAGAGGGAAAUGAAGCCAUUGCGAUGAGAGCGACGCGUGAAAAGAAAACGUUCCACCUCGAUUUACAAGAAGCUGCGAAUCGAGACGGAUCAAGUGCAUCCGAGCGCUUUGACAUUCGAUAACGUUUCUUCAUUUUGUACGUCGAGGGGGAAAAAAAGACUUUGCGGAGCGUGACGAUUGAUACGUAGAGAAAAGCAAAUGAUUAAUGAGUUUUAACGGUAAAAAGGAUUCGCGACGAUUAGCCGUGGCCGACGGGACGGUCGGAGGAUGGUGGCAAAGGGGAGGAGGAAUAUCACGCGACAACCGCGCAACGGAGAGCUAACGGCGAGCAAUGUGCAGACUUGUGAUACCGAGAAAAAAAUCCAUAGACAUCUGUUAAUUAGCGAAUAACGUAAAAAAAUUUAAAAAAACGAAGAAAAAAAAACCAAAAAAAAAAUAUUAAACAAUUAAAAUGAGGAUAAUAAGUAAUCUCGAGCUAACUCUGCUGGCAUAAGAAACGAAAGAGGAAGUAAGUACCGAACACGCGAAAUCUAUUUAACUUGAGAGUUACGAGUUUGAAAAGAAAAAAAAACUGAAUAAAUGGAAACCAAGAAGCUCGCAAGAACGAGAAAAAGAUAGAGCAGUGCGGUAGAGAUAUUGGCACGCCCUAGUUCGAAAGCAGACGAGAAUUUAUAAUGAAUAACUAAAGCCGAGGGGGAAUAAAACGCGCGUAUUCAUUGUUAUCGACGAGUAAUGUCGUUGGGUUCAAGUCUUAUCUGAAGUAGCUACGAUCAGAUCGCAUCGCGUAUAUUCUGUAGUUGACUCUCCGAUGAGAUUGUCGUUAUAGUGGGAAAGAACGUUUAAAAGUCCGUCAUUGAGACAAAAAAAUUACACUUGUACGGAAAACAAUUUUGCAAAGAAAAUACGAGAAAAAAAAACAAACAAACAAACAAAAAUAAAAAGAAUAUUAAGAAAAAAAAUAAUAAUUAACGUGUGCGGUUGACGAAGAGAAAACAAAAUUAUGAGAGGAUAUGCAGUUGAGAUACGUGUGUAUGUGCGUGUGCGUGCGUGCGUGCGUCUAUGCGUCUGUGUGCGUGCGUGCGUGUGUGUGUGUGUGUGUGCGUGUGUGUGUGCGCGCGAGCAUUAAGUGUGGGUUUACGAGACGGUAACGGGCGAUGAAUAGUAUAAAUAUUAGCGAUUAAAGCAUUAAACGAAAAACGAGAUUUCAAAAUAAGGAGAAAAAAAAAUAAAAUAAACAAAGAUACGAAAAAACCCAGAAAAAAAUGAAAAAUAGACACGUUAUUUAAUUAUCGAAAGGGUUUGUAUAAUCGCAAAAAUGGCAAGUUUCAAUGAUCGCUGGAACCGAAAGGAAGAAGGAUAAAGGUUACGAUGAACGACGAAUUGAAACACGUAACGAGGACUUCGCAUAGCGAUGAGUAAAAGACCGGGACGAGAGUGAGGGGAGAGAGGGAAAGAGGACGAAGGUUUUCAGGAAGGCAAGGCGAGAGCUGUGAAAUGAUGAGUGACUAUGGUAAUGACGAUGGUGAUGAUGCUGAUGAGGAUGAUGAUGAUGAUAAUGAUGAUGAUGAUGAUGGUGAUGAUGAUGAUGAUGAUGAUGACGAUGAUGAUGAUAAUGUUGAUGAAGACGACGAUGACGAUAAUUUCGACGAGUACGAAAGAACAAGUGUGAGAGGCGCUUGGUACAGAAAAAAUAGUAAAAAAAUACAACAAAAAAAAUUGAGUUAAAAAGAUUAAAGAAAAGGUCGUAGCCGUAGGCGAUGAAAAAAUGAGCUAGAUGGGAAAGGAUGAAUAAAAAAUUACGUAAACAGAAAAAAAAAAAAACGAAGAAAACAACUAAAAAGAGGGAAAAACGCAAAAAAAAAUCAGUAAAGUAGGUUGAAACUAAAAAUAAAGAUAACGAAAAACAAUACAUUCAUUCUCUUAGUUUUUUCAUAGACUUAACGCCAGAGCGGGAAAGCUCGCUUUGAAUCAUUGCCCCGGAACGCCGAACGCCCUGUUCUCAGCCCGACCGUUAAUCCUGGAAAAAAUAAUGGAAUAUCAACGACAGCUACAACAACAACAAAAUGAAAACAUUGUCUAGCGCGCUCCUCACAAAAGUAACUCGAAGGCCUGCCAGGCAAGCGACUAUCGCCGGGUAAAUUGACGCGGUAUUGAUCCCAUAUCGUACGAAUACGGAUUUUUAAAAUCAGUAAUAAUACUAUAAACGGACGUAAGGAAAAUAAUACGUUUUUUUGCCAUAUCUAAUCGAUUGUAAAAGAAAAUGAAAAAAGAUAAUAAGACCCGUAGAGCGAGGGCAAUCGAACGAGAAAAGAAUUGAUUGUACGGUCGUAACUCACGAACGGUUAUGACUCGAAUAGAUAGAAAAGCAAAAAAACAUCGAAACAUUGGGUACGAAACGGUUACGAUUAUAGCCCGGCUGCCAUGUCCCAAAUAAAAUGCCCAAAGUGUUCAUAUUUGAGGUGUUCUCUCGAGGUGUCGUACAGGCGUCCAACACGCACACUAUCUCUUUCUCUUUAUCUAUUUUAAGAGAAUAAAACAAACAUAACCUUAACAUUGACAAACAAAAAAAUAAAAGAAACAAAAUACACCGAUUACUUGGAUGGGGGUGACCCGGGGUUUGUAUGGGGGGGGGAACAGAAACGUGCUUAAUCGUACAUUUUUCCGUUACCGUUCUUCCUGUACGCUGGAAAUAACGCGAGCUCCUCGGCUCUUCCGCGAUAUUUUCUGUUAAAUCGUUCGCGAGGGGCUGUGCGAAUUUUCUACAGAAAGAAGGGCCGCGUUGCGGUGGGGAAAAGUUACAGAGGGGGGGGGGGGGGGGGGAUUGCUGCCGCAACAACGUAAGAGAAAUAUUUAUAAACGAACAAAAAAAAACAUCUCAUAAUUGGUUUUGGGCGAGAAACUGCGGAGAGUAAAUGCAAAGAACAAAAGUUUGAAGUAAAAACGGUAGCAGUUAUCGAUACGCGAUUCGAUUUUUCCUCGCAACUAUUGCCCCUGUCCGCGAACUGAUGAAAAACCACUAAACGAUUAAAGAAAAAUAAACCGGAGAGACAAGUAAAAAUACGCGGAAGCAGAAAAAGAAUGUCGGAAAAAAACGGUUUUGUCGAGUACACACGCGACAUAUACGAGAGUACGGACGCGGUGAACUAGAAGGCUCCCGGCAAUGAUGCUUUUCUAGUCUUUUUCGUUUAGUUUCGUCAUUGUCUUCUUUUUAUUCUUCUACGACGUUCGUAAAUGCGAGAAACGCGCGUGAGUGCUAUGCAUGCAACGCCGAAGCAGAAAGCGAAUAACGUGAAAAAAAAAAAAAGAAAAGGAAAUGGUUCCCACGGUUGUCGACAGGGUGUUCUGUGUCGGGCACGUAGGAGCCCAGAAAACAAAAAAAAGGAAAAAAAACGGGGGAAAAAAAGUAAAUAAAAAUAAAAAUAAAUGCUUUGCCGUCGUGCGCCGCCUCACACUUUAGGCUAAUAAUUUAAAUAUUAACGAUAAAAUGAUAAUUAUUAUGAUAAUUAUAAUAAUAUAAUACAUGUUACUAUAAGAUAUUAUUAGAUGUAAUUAUUAUAUAUGGUUAGUCUAGAACGUGUUGUUGAAGAAAACAAAAAAAAAACAAAGUACGUUUAAGCGAAACAAAUGAAGCAGAAGUAUAAAAAAAGAAGAAGACAAAAAAGAAAAACAUGAAAAAUCUGGGUGCAAGAAGAUUUCGGUCUAAGACCACGGUCCGCGGCGGACUGAGCUGGGCACGCGACGCGCUCUCCUUUGUUAUUUUUUCAUGUUGCGUUGAAAAAUAAAAAAAAAAAAUAAAAAUAAAAAACCAUUAUGAUACAAAUUCUAGAUCGUUAUCCUCGUGUCGUGUCAUCGAGUUAACUAGAUAUCGUUUUGGCACUCGUGAGAUGCCGUUACAUUCCAAUACUUUCGCUGCUUAUUUGACGUGUUAUUUUGGGAAGAGGAAUUUUCCGUAAUAACCUGCUGUCGCGCUUCUCGCGUUCGUUUAUUGGGCGAAACGCGAUGAAACGGAUGAUAUGAUAAUAUACUACAGAAUUCAAGUAAGGAGCGUACAAAAAGAAUAAUUAACCUCAAAGCGAUGCGUUAUCGCAUUGCGCGGAAUAUGAAGAAAAAGGUACAGAGAUAUUUCGACGAACAAUGUCGCGGCAACCUGCUCGGUCCGAAACAAUGCGACAGAAUCAUUGAAUGAUUAUAAAAUUGAAACAAAACGAAGAAAAAAAAAAGAAUUAUUAAAACAAAUCGAAUAACGUUUUAUUAAUAUUGUACAUAUUUUAAAUAAUAGAAAACGGACAUUACAGAUCGUGCGUGACUGGGGACCCACAAAUGGCGAUCGGCACAACAACAAAAACCCGUGUUACCGACCGCCUUUACAUAAGCGGGUCCUUGCCCUUAAAACUUUUUUUUUGUUCAGCGCCACAUGUAAACACGAUACAAAGUGCAACACACGCUAUAGCUCGCAUACUACCAUACACACCCACUCAUACACACGCACACACACAUACACACGGAACACACAUCUGCGUACACAAGCAAUUACACAAAAUAUAAAUGAAAAUACAGGAACAAAAUAAUGGUAACCUCCGACAUGUUUCAGCCUACACGGAUGAAAACUAAAUUACAACAAUACACCAGCAUACACCGAUUCGACACGUGCACACUGCUCUAUCAAUCUAUAUCUAUAAUAAUAAAACCCUCUGAUUGACGAUUUCUUUCAUAUGAUUACUCGAUAAGUUCUGUUUUCACACAUAAAUGCAUUAAGGAGGAAGCGAGAGACAUUGUCCAACCCAAGUGUCAUUACUUUUGAUGUUAAAUAAAAAAUACAUAAUUAAUAAAA